AGGGGGAGACUGCAGAGGCCCGAGUGAGCUGGUCAGACCACCAGAGUUCCUUUUUGGAACUAUCAGAGUGGAUAAUCUCGGACAGCCAGUGGUGUUUUUCAUGUAUCCUCUGGCUGGGGGGGGCUCUGCCUGCUGCUGGACGAUGAUGAUCUGCAAUUAUCCACUGGAUGAUGAUGACCAGCUGAACUUCAUCCGGGCAGUACAAAAACUCCCCCCUUCCCCUCUGAGCACAAUCCCAUCCCCCCAACCAAAACAAAAAUAACCAAACCACACUUACCAUCCAUCCCCCAAGUACCUUUGAUCUUAUUAUCACCAUGCUUUCCUUCACCGCUUUACCAUUCCUGUUCAGCCUCGGAACCGUCCUAGUUUCCGUCCCAGCCACCGGCGCCCAGGACAUCAGCGGUCUGCCCCCCUGUGCCAGUAACUGCUUAGCAGUCUCAUUGACUUCCACUGCCAAAUCCUGUGCCCCUACCGACUUUGCCUGUCUUUGCAAGAACUCCGAGUUCAUCUCUGCCAGUAGUUCUUGCUACUCCAAGUCCUGCUCCGCCGGCGACUUGGCCAGCGCACAAGCUUGGGGAAUCAAGAGCUGUGCCGCCGCCGGCGUCCAGAUCGCCGUCGACGGACUCUCUAAUGCUACUUCCCCCGGAACCAAUACCUCCACCUCGACCUCUUCCAAUUCUUCCCCGCUCAACAAUACCUCCACUUCCGCUCGCCCUAACUCUGCCGGCGCGCUCCCGGUCGAAACCGGCAUGUCCUUCGCCUUCGGCUCCGCGCUCGUCGUCUCGCUCUUGAUGCUCUGAUUCGUCCUGCCCUUCCUUUCCCCACCGACAUCAAGACCGACGCUUGGUCAUCACGACUUUUGUCGAUCAUAGUUUGUUGGGGUUGUUUACCCUAUAAACCCUUUCUUUUUGUACUCUUAUACCCUUUAUAUCUGUUAGCCAUGAGGGAGACUCCGCGUUUCCAACAACAACAAAAAAGGGUUAUCCCCGACCCUAUCUCUUUUUGGCCCGCUUCUCUCCCCCAUGUUAACACAACAGGCGUGGCUGCUCCGGUGUUCACGUUUGGUACCGACCCAUCUGGUCCUCCCAACUUCAUGUUUGUCUUGAAUCCAAAAAAGAAGAAUAAUCAUUUCUAAGUAUGUACCGUUGACAUGCCCGACCAAAAAAAAAUGUUGAAGUCAUGAUCAAGGACUAGUGCUUCUCUUGUAAGUGAUUGUGCUACGAUCAGAAGUGAAAAAGAUCACCAUGAUCUUGAGGAUUUAUAGUAAUAGAGAGAUGUUUCCGAGGAUGGGGAACAAG